CGUGAUUGUAUUAAGAGCCUCUCGUUAGCUCUCCUCAAUCUCUAUAUACAUGGGGAGAAAAUGAGAAGAACCACAACACUAUCAAGGCCGCCCAUAAGACUAGAUUUGCAUCACAAUAUGGAUUUACGGUUUUCUCUGAUCUUAUUAAUAAUCGCAGCGAGUUUUGCAGAGAACUGUGCAACGAAAGGUGGUAUCAAUGAGAUUAUCAACAACAAAAAGUUGAAGAAUCGUUCGUUCUUGGGUCUUGUAGUUCCAAAUACAUUUGAAUUGGGUCCUCUUCUUCAAUCUUCAAGCUUUGUUGCUGAUCCAUCUCUGCCAUACUUGGAUUUUUCAGAAGCUAGGAACCCUCCCCUGUCACUUGUCAAGUGGUAUCCAGCACCAUUAAUUUUUCCAAGUAUCUGUCAAGUGUCUACCCCGAAUGAACCCUUCAAUUUGUAUGUACAUGAAAAGUCUCUGGCAGGACAUUCCGGGGAACAAAGUAGAAGAUUUCGUUUCGGAAAAGUGGAGAACAAAAAUGUUGUUAUGGUUAUGACAGGAUUGGGCAUGUUAAAUGCAGGUAUAGCGACGGAAUUGCUACUGAGUCUGUUCAAGGUGGAAUCAGUACUGCAUUUUGGAAUUGCAGGAAAUGCAGAUCCUAAACUCCAUGUCGGAGACGUUGUUAUUCCCAAGUAUUGGUCUCAUACUGGCCUUUGGAACUGGCAGCGAUUUGGAGAUGGCCCUAAUGAUGAACUAGCUUUGGAGUCUAACGGAGACUACACAAGAAAAUAUGGUUACCUCAAAUUCUCUGAUUACGAAACUCAAAACAACACGAAGGCCAAGAAAUCUACCGCGUCUGAAAACCUUUUGAACAAUGUUUGGUACCAACCAGAGGAAAUCUUUCCCGUAGAUGGGACUCCUGAAGUUCGGCAACACGCCUUUUGGGUUCCCGUGGAUGGAAAAUAUUAUGAAUUAGCAAAGAAGCUCGAGGGCAUGAAGUUGGAGGGGUGCGUAAACUCGACCUGUUUACAUAGGCCACCACAGGUUGUUAGGGUAGCUAGAGGAUGUAGUGCAGACAUAUUUGUCGAUAAUGCAGCAUAUAGAGAAUUUCUAUAUUCCAAAUUUAAUGUUACACCUCUUGACAUGGAAUCCGCGGCAGUUGCCUUAGUUUGUCUGCAACAUAAGACUCCUUUUAUUACAAUUAGAGCUUUAUCUGAUUUAGCUGGUGGUGGUUCUGCUGAAUCCAAUGAAGCUGAUGUUUUUGCUCCUCUUGCAGCUGAUAAUGCUGUCAAAGUUUUGGUUAAAUUCAUAACUUUAUUGCCUUGAAUUUAAUCACGUGUAGCUGCAAAUGUAAUGUAACUUUUAUUUUUCCUGCAAUUUUCAUUUUGUAAGUCUAAUAAUGUAAUAUGUAUUUCGCGAUUCUGAAAAUACGAAAUAUCAUUCGAUU